AUGAACAACUCCAUCGCCAACAUCACUUUCCCACCACCUCCGCUCUCCAACGUGACAACAUUCAUGAACAUGACCUCUUAUGAAAACAAUACCAUCAUGCACUUGACUUUCGGUCGAACGGCCGGCCUGACCACAACCCAAUCGCAUGCACAAGUUAAACUAACCCAAGCCACGACACCAACACCAGCUCCAGCAAAUAUCCUUGCAUCUAUAAACCUGCCUUACAUGAUAGCCGAGUUGGUUAUAGCGCUCCUGUCCGCAGUGGGCAACGUGUUGGUGUGUGUUGCUGUGGGACUCAACAGAAAGCUUCAAACAGUUACAAACUACUUUUUGGUGUCACUGGCGAUCGCAGACAUCUGCGUAGGUACGCUGGCGAUCCCCUGCGCCAUAAUGACGGACCUCGGCAUACCCCAAAACAAUCUCUAUCUCUGUUUGCUCAUGUUGUCCGUGCUCAUCAUGCUAACCCAAAGCUCCAUCUUCAGCCUGCUGGUCGUCGCCGUGGAGCGUUACGUGGCCAUCUUCAUGCCCUUUCAGUACCACAGGCUCAUGACGCCUCGCAACGCAAUGCUGAUUUUGUGUGUCACCUGGACGCUGGCAUUCCUGAUCGGUCUGGUGCCGUUGAUGGGCUGGCACAAGACUCCGCCCGAGUCGGGCUAUUGUUUUUUUGUGUUUGUAGUGGACAUGACCUACAUGGUCUACUUCAAUUUCUUUGGAUGCGUGCUGAUCCCGCUGUUGGUGAUGUUCCUCAUCUACGCGCAGAUCUUUGUCACGGUCAAGCGACAGAUGAGGAGGAUUGCGGCAGAACGGGGUGGAGCAACAAACGAGGGAGCGGCCAAGAUGAAGAAAGAGAUGAAAAUGGCCACAUCCUUCUUUUUGGUCCUUUUCCUUUUCACUGUCUGCUGGAUACCUUUACAUAUUAUAAACUGUUUCCUGCUCCUGUGUCCGUCAUGUCCUGUGCCCCUCCCACUGCUGCUUACAGCCAUUAUUCUCUCCCAUGCAAAUUCAGCUGUUAACCCUUUUCUCUAUGCCUAUAAGAUGAAAACCUUUAGGAAGGCCUUUAAAGCCAUAUUCAUGUGUGGUAGAGGCAUCACCGAUACGGAGGACCAACAUGAUGCAUAG